GAGGUGGAGAUCGCAGAGGAAUACACGCCUCUGUUCUCCCUCCUUUGCUUUGUUUCCAUUCAAUCUGAAUGGCGUGAGAAACCAUCGUCUUCUCUUUGACGUCUGCGUCUGCACAGCAGUCGCCGGCGAUCGGCCAUGGCGUCCCGCCGGCAUGUUCUGAUUGCUGUACUUGUAAUGGCCGGCGUUGUCGAAUUCGCCGACGCGGAGAAGUACAAGCCAACGGAGUCCAUACUAGUCGACUGCGGUGCAGACAAGGAGGGCCAGGACGUCGACGGGAGGAAAUGGGUGUCCGACAAGGACAGCAAGUGGCUGGUCGACGGCGGGAAGUCAUCUAUCAUGGCAAACGCAGAUUUCCAAGACCCCUCCCUCCCGUCGCCGGUGCCGUACAUGUCGGCGCGGGUGUUCACCAAGGAGGCGGCGUACAACUUCCCCAUCGGGGAGGACCGCCACUGGGUUAGGCUCCACUUCUACCCUGCGUCCUACCACGAUCUCCCCGCCGAGAACUUCUUCUUCUCCGUGUCUACCUCCACCGGCAUCACGCUGCUCAAGAACUUCAGCGUCUACAUCACCGCCAAGGUGCUCAGCCAGGCGUACAUCGUCAAGGAAUUCACGCUCCCGCCGUCCACAACCGGCUCCCUGUCGCUCACCUUCACGCCCACCGCGAUGAACAACGCGUCCUACGCCUUCGUCAAUGGCAUCGAGAUCAUCUCCAUGCCCAACAUCUUCAGCCAGCCGGCGACGAGCGUCGACAUCGAGGGCAACGAGGUGAGCACGACCGACAGCAGCAUGCAGACCGUUUACCGGCUGAACGUCGGCGGCUCGUACGUCGCUCCGGCCAACGACUCCGGGCUGUCGCGUGACUGGUACGACGACACGCCGUAUAUCUACGGCGCCGCCUCCGGGGUGACCUACCAGGCCAACGACACUGUCCAGAUCAAGUACCCCAAAAACGAUCCCGACGCGGAGGCCAUUGCACCGGCGAGCGUCUACCUCACCAGCCGGUCGAUGGGGCCUGACCCCAAGGUGAACCAGAACUACAAGCUGACGUGGGUGUUCGAGGUGGACGGCAACUUCACCUACAUGGUCAGGCUCCACUUCUGCGAGCUGCUGCUCAGCAAGCCCAACCAGAGGGUGUUCGACAUCCUGAUCAACAACAAGACUGCCCAGUCCGGCGCCGACGUCGUCGGCUGGGGAGGUCAGUUCGUGCCGGUGUUCAAGGACUACACCACGAUCAUGCCUGGCGGUGCCGGAGACAAGGUUCUGUGGGUGCAGCUGAUGCCUAGCGUUGGGAGUGGGUCAGAGUUCUAUGAUUCUAUCCUCAAUGGACUUGAGAUCUUCAAGAUGAGCGACGCCUCCGGCAACCUGGCCGGUCCGAACCCCGAUCCUUCCAAGAUGCUUGAGGAGGCUGAGUCGUUGGCUCAGGGGAAGUUCAAGUCCAGGGCCAGUCUCACGGCCACCUUGAUUGGCGGUGCUGCAGGCGGCGCCGCCGCAUUCGGGAUCGUGGCGGCCAUCUGCAUCGUCGUGUAUCAGUCGAAGAAGAGGAAGACGCUGAGCAGCAGCGCGUCCCACUCGUCGGGAUGGCUGCCGGUGUAUGGCGGCAACUCGCACACGAGCACCACCAAAUCGUCCGGCGGCAGGAGCGCCGCCCUCAACCCAAACAUCACGGCCAUGUGCCGGCACUUCUCGUUCGCGGAGAUCAAGUCGGCCACGAAGCACUUCGACGAGUCGCUGGUGAUCGGCGUGGGUGGCUUCGGGAAGGUGUACCGGGGUGUGGUGGACGGCGACACCAAGGUGGCCAUCAAGCGGAGCAACCCGUCGUCGGAGCAGGGCGUGCUGGAGUUCCAGACGGAGAUCGAGAUGCUGUCCAAGCUGCGGCACAAGCACCUCGUCUCGCUCAUCGGCUGCUGCGAGGACGAGGGCGAGAUGAUCCUCGUGUACGACUACAUGGCGCACGGCACGCUGCGGGAGCACCUGUACAAGAGCGGCAAGCCGCCUCUGUCGUGGAAGCAACGGCUCGAGAUCACCAUCGGCGCCGCGCGUGGGCUUCACUACCUCCACACCGGUGCCAAGUACACCAUCAUCCACCGCGACGUGAAGACGACCAACAUCCUCGUCGACGAGAAGUGGGUCGCCAAGGUCUCCGACUUCGGCCUGUCCAAGACUGGCCCGACGGCCAUGAACCAGACGCACGUCAGCACCAUGGUCAAAGGAAGCUUCGGCUACCUCGACCCGGAGUACUUCCGGCGGCAGCAGCUGACGGAGAAGUCCGACGUCUACUCGUUCGGCGUCGUGCUGUUCGAGGUGCUGUGCGCGCGGCCGGCUCUGAACCCGAGCCUUCCAAGGGAACAGGUCAGCCUCGCCGACCACGCCAUGAGCUGCCAGAGGAAGGGCACACUCCAUGACAUCAUCGACCCGUUGCUGAACGGCAAGAUCGCGCCGGACUGCCUCAAGAAGUUCGCGGAGACGGCGGAGAAGUGCCUGGCCGACCACGGGGUGGACCGCCCGUCCAUGGGCGACGUGCUCUGGAACCUCGAGUUCGCGCUGCAGAUGCAGGAGACCUUCGAGAACGGCGGGAAGCCGGAGGAGGGAGCGGACAGCACCAGCGGCAGCAGCACGGUCUCCAUGGCGGACAGCAUGGCCGCCAAUGCCGCGGCGCUCUCGCUGAUCAGCGAGGACAUGGACGAGGAGGACAUCGCGAACAGCGUGGUGUUCUCGCAGCUCGUGCGCCCAACUGGCCGGUGAGGUGAGGUGAGAUGAAGAGAGUGCACAUGGCAAUGUUAAUUAUUCGGGUGUGGAUGGAAUAGUGAAACAGGUCGGGCAAUGUUUGAGAGUGUGAUCAAUUUUACUGCUGUUGAACUGUUGGUGAGGUACGUACGUGGCAGAGGAUCAGGAUUUGUGUACAUGCGUUGCACUAUUGUUCACUUUAUUAUUUGAUUCCAUUCUAGUUCUUCUA